AUGCCUUGGCAGUACGCAACUCGUAGGGCCAUUCGGCCCCUGCGCCUCGGCGUUGCCCUCGCACGCCAUAGUCGGGUGGUGGGCGUGCAGAACCAGCUUCGUCGCAUUGCCGUCGCGACCAGCCCGCGAUUGAUGACUCCCUGUUCUGGAUAUCGCUCUGCUAUCAAGUUCCAGCAGUCUCACACAUACGCGACUACCUCCACUCCCAAGUCGAACCGGUCCACCAAGAGCAAGCCGGCCAAAAAGUCCAAGAAAACCGCUAAGAAACCAGUCAAGAAGCCUGCCAAAAAGCGUGUGUUGACUGAGAAGCAAUUGGAAAAGAAGAAACAACAGGAGCACCGCCAACGGAUUAAAGAACUCAAGGAGGCUAGCCUAACGCCACCUGCAAAGCUGCCCCAAUCCGCCUACAUUGUCGCCUUGACGUCAAAGCUUACUGAGCUUCGAUCUGAAGUGCCUUCUGAGCCUCGAAAGCCAUCGGAUUACUUCAGCGCUGCUGCGGGGCUUGUGAGGUCCAUGAACUCUGCGGAGCUCGAGGAAUACCGAGGCAAAGCUGAAUCGAACAAGGCGACUAAUUCUGCAGCCUAUGAGUCGUGGGUGAAGUCGCACACGCCCCUGCAGAUCAAGGAGGCCAACCUCGCCCGGCGGCAACUCGCGCGCCUUCAGAAGAAGGUCUUCCGGCCUCUCAAAGACGACCGACAAGUCAAGCAGCCUCUUUCUGCCUUCAUCGCCUACAACACGGAACGAAACGAAAGUGGUGACUUCAAGCAUGUGAAGAGAACGCAGGUCGCCUCUCGCGUUGCCGAGGAGUGGAAGGAAUUGACCCCAUCCGAAAAACAGCGCUACGUCGACCUUGCCGCCGAGGACCGUGAGCGAUAUAUCAGAGAGCACCUGGAAGUGUAUGGAGAGGUGCCCAAGAGGGCUACCAGCCCCCAUCCGGAGUCCGCAUAA